AUGACUCUGAAACUGCCCUUCUUGGGUGGUGUCGAGCAAACCGAAAAGCUGGCGCGCGUCUAUCGCGCCCAUGACACAAGACCGUAUCCAACCUACCUAGGCGGCCAAACCGUCACCGUGGAUAUCGCGUCUCUCCUGAAGGCUCCCGACUCAGAUGAGUCCUCCACCGCUCCGCCUCAGCAUACCCGAUCAUCGUCAGACCCGUCCGCAACCGCAACCACGGCGGCCACAGCGCCUGUCAGCGGGCUACCUCCGUAUGGCCCGCCUCCCGUAGCACCGGGCCUGGCUGUGAGCGGCAAGCGUGCCAUGCCACCGCACGUAGCGGAGUCUCCGGCCAAGAAGCAGAGCAAGUGGUCGCCGGAGGAAGAUGCUUUGAUCAUCGAACUUCGGGGGAGCGGAAUGAAGUGGGAGGACAUCUCGAAACGUCUGCCGGGAAGAAGCGCCAUCAGUUGUCGACUUCACUACCAGAACUACCUCGAGAGGCGGAGCGAGUGGGACGAGGAGCGCAAGAACAAGCUUGCACGGUUGUACGAGAGGUUCAAGCCGGAGAUGUGGGCAAAGGUUGCGGAGGAGAUGGCCGUUCCUUGGCGAGCCGCAGAGGCCAUGCACUGGCAGCUUGGCGAAGCGGACAUGGCUCGACGGGCCGGUGUGGUGCCCUUUUCUUUGACCGCGGUCAACGUCGACCAGCCUGGCGGUGGCCACCGGCACUCUCCUUCUCGGGGGCACAUGCACACCCAGUCCCAGCCUAGCCUACCUCGGGACAUUGGCGGGCCUUCCCCCCGAUACAGCCGACCACCGCCGCCUGGUAUAUCCCCGAUUCCCGGUGGACGAGUCAUCGCCGCCCGACGGGAGAGCGUUCCUGGCAGGCCGCUGAUGGGACCGGAUCCGAAUGAGAUGGCGGGUAUGGGGCCAGGCGGCCCCGGUUUAGCACCGAUUCAGGGACUUCCGCCAGGCCGAGGCGGAGGCAUGCUUCCGGGAGUUGCCGAACUGACUACCGGUGUCAGCCCAUAUAGCACUCCAGCAUACGCGAUGGGCGGUAUACCUACGGCAAGCCCCGUGCCCAGCGCGAGAGCUAGCCCGGGACCGCUGCUUCCAGCCCUCCACUACCCACCGCCUCACGAACAAGCCGGUGCGAAGCGACGAGCCAGCCCGGGCACAGAGAUGAUGGGCUCAAGGGAAACGAGCCGACGACGGCACAUGGACCCCCGUCAGGAGGAGAUGGAUCGGCGACGUGUGGCAUGA